AUGGAAUCCGACAAUGGUCUGGCACUCAUGGUACAAGAAUUGAAAGACCAGACAUGCAUGUACAGCAACUCCACGUCAUUCAUACGAGGAUUCAUGCUUGGCCAACUCUCGGUGCUCAUUGUCAUUGUAUUGGCUUUACGGUACCUUCUCAUGGAAGACGUCAAAAAAGUGCGAAAGAGGUACAUUCCUUCUCGAUUAUCGACGAAUCCACCUUCACGAGCUUCAGCCUCGGCGGCACAACUUCCAGCAGCGUAUAUCAGCAAAAAGACGUAUUAUGACGUGAUACACCAUCCACCCGAGAGCACCGACUGGCUCAAUGUGUUGCUAGCUCAAUUCCUUAUGCAAUAUCGCGAAGAUGCAAAGAUCAAUGACAGGCUUAUCUUGGCUGUGGAUGAGGUUCUUAAUGGAGGAGUGCGACCUAGCUUUGUGGGUCCUAUUCAUGUGACAAAACUGAAUCUGGGCGAGGAGUUUCCAAUCUUCCGUAAUGCACGUAUCCGACCCUCCGAUGAUGUUGGCUCAAUGCGUGCCGAGAUUGACUUUGAGUACAAUGAUCAAAUCACGCUUGGGAUGGAAACACAAAUCAUUCUCAAUUGGCCACGUCAAGCAUUUGCUGCUCUACCCGUUUCCUUGGUGCUUUCUGUUGUUCGGUUCUCUGGCACGCUUACCAUUGAAUUGAUCAAUCCGCCGGAGACCACCACUCGACCUGAAAAGCCUUUGGAACGAUACAUUGCCAUCUCAUCCUACUCUGACUUUGUACUCGACUUUGAUGUGCGAUCUUUGAUCGGUUCACGAACCAAGCUGGAGGACGUACCCAAAUUGACUGAACUUAUCACCACCAAGCUACGCAACGUGUAUAUCGACAAGUUGGUGUAUCCCAUGUUUGUCAAGAUCAAGGUGCCCCAAAUGUGGAAUGGAUCGCCUGAUGCUCCAUCAUCAACAACAGCAACAACCAGUAGCACAGCAACCAAUGCCAGUAACCAAGCAACUAGCAAUAAGCAUGAAACUACUACUACUACCACUGCAUCACCACCACAACCUGAACAACAAUCAUCCACGACCACUACAACGAGUGAAGUGACACCCAAAGCAAAGGAGAAAAUGGAAGAGCUCGUAGAAGAUAUCAAAGACGCCUAA